AUGGAUAAUAGAUUCCAACAAACCAAGAAAUAUUUUGAAUUGUUUAUUUUCCUUUCCAUGAUGUUAAUGGUACAAUUACAAGGUAUGAGGUUGGCAGUCCUUAUUAAAAGAGGAUGUGGAGGAGCUUUUUGGUUGAAUGUACUUUUAACCAUUCUUGGUUGGAUUCCAGACAUGACCACGACUAAAAUGGAGAUCCUUUCAUCACCAGUCAGUCCGCGAUAA